CGGGCCGCAGGGGGCGGAGGCGGAGGCGGAGGCGGCUGCAGAGGAGAGGGUCGGGUGGCCCGGGUGCCUCUGCUCCUCGGUCUCGUGGCCGCGCUCGCGCCGCAGGGAGAUGGCUCAGCGUAUGGUCCUCAGGAGAUUGUUGGCACCCAUCUUCUCUAGAAAGCUCCCUCAGUGUCGCCCGGUGCCUCUCGUUCCUGAGGUUCUGGCCCAGGGCAGCUCCAGCAGACCCACCGCUGCUACACCCCGUUUGGCCCGGACGUUCUCCACUACCAAGAUCUCCAAUGUUACGUUUAACGUCCAGGAUGGGCCUGACUUUCAGGACAGAGUUGUCAACAGUGAGACUCCGGUAGUUGUGGAUUUCCAUGCGCAGUGGUGUGGCCCCUGCAAGAUCUUGGGGCCCCGGUUAGAGAAAAUGGUGGCAAAGCAGGAGGGGAAGGUGCUGAUGGCCAAGGUGGACAUUGACGACAAUACAGACCUCGCCAUCGAGUAUGAGGUUUCUGCUGUGCCAACUGUGCUGGCCAUCAAGAAUGGGGACGUGGUGGACAAAUUUGUGGGCAUCAAAGACGAAGACCAGCUGGAGGCUUUCCUCAAGAAGCUGAUUGGCUGCUGAGCUAGGCCCACUUUUGUUUUUCCCAGGGCCCCCCUAAGGACUCUCAUCCUUUCCAGCCCCCACCUGUCUGGCCCCCAUUGGCCCUUCCUGUGUCCUGGGACAGGGCUCUUCAUCUCCCAGUUGUCUGACUGCAGAAGACUCAUCCUUAGGGGAGGGGCGCUACUGCUCACCUGGGGAGGGAAGCCUGAGGCUGGGGGCUUGGAGGGCUUCUCGCCCUCCCAUGCUUGAUCCUCCCCCUUCCCACCACCAAGCCCAACCCCUACCAUUACCACCCCCAGCCCCAACCUCAUCUAGGCCCCAGUCGUAGCUGUCUCCAGAGAAGUUUGGAGAGGGGCCUGUUGCAGCAAGAUUACUUUAUAGUGGGGUCACCCUGUCUUGACUGUGAAGUUUUUAUUCUUGUCCUUUGAUAUCUGUGCUUUAUCACAGGCUCCAUGACCCUGUGCCUGACCUACUGGCCACAUUUUCUCCUCUGAUGCUGUUUUGUAAAAGAAAAGAGAG